AUGUUGCAAAAUCAAGCUUAUGCAUGGAAAGAAGAAAAUUCAAAUCUACAAAAUGAACACAAUAAACAACUAGCCGAAAUUUAUGGUAAUAAUCAAAAAGAUAUCGAAGAUGUUAAAAAGCGCCACUCCUGUAUUGUCAAGUCACUUAAAGAUGAAAUUAAUAACCAGAAAUCUAAUAUACAACUACUUGAGAAGCAGUCAUUACAGAAAGAACGAGAAUUUAAAGAAAAGAUAUCCAGGCUACAAUUACAAUAUGAGGAUAGGAUCAAGGACAUGAUAUCGGCAGAAAUGAAAGAGAUUAAUAUUAAAAAUCUUAAUGGUAUUGUUCGAAGCCCAUUAAGCUAUUAUUAUUAG